AAAUGGGAUUGGAAUAAAGUUAGUUUGUUUCAAGCAGCCUUCAUAUAAGUAUUUAAAAUUUUAACUAUCCUCUGUUAUAACGUAUCAAUAGAGAGUGCACCGCUUAAAAUGACUACAAAAGCGUUUACCCUCAUAUCUCCUCAGAACCCAGUUUUCAUAACUUAUCUCUUCUGGUCAGCAAUAUUGGUUUUGAAGCUAUUUGCUAUGGUUAUAUUGACUGGAAAUCAACGCUGGAGAAAGAUGACAUUUAUCUCACCAGAAGAUCUGUUUUCCAAAAAAUCCAAAGUAAAGUAUGACGAUGACGAUAUUGAGAGAGUGAGGAGGGCUCAUCGCAAUGAUUUGGAAAACAUUUUGCCAUUCCUCACUAUCGGUUUUUUCUAUUGCUUAACUGAUCCGGAACCUUGGCUAGCAAUUAACUUAUUCCGACUUGUGGGAAUUUCAAGGAUAAUCCACACGUUCGUUUAUGCUGUUAUUGUGAUCCCGCAACCAGCGCGGUUUUUAUCAUUCAUAUUAGCACUUUUACCCACGCUCUAUAUGACUCUUCAAGUUAUUAAAUUUUGCUUUUAAAUUGUUGGAAUUAGAUGGAAUCCUCUUAUUUCGCUACACACAAAUAUUAUAUUUAAGGGCAUCGGGUUUUAUUUAUGAUUGAUGAAUUCAAUAAGGGAAUUUCAAGAAAUUAAGAUAGUACUAUAUUAUCAAGAAAGAAUUAUAUUUGGGCAUGGUUAUAGGGUGAAGUUUCAAGUUCCUGCAAACGAAUAUCACUGUUCUUCCAUCGUAGUAAAUAAACAAGUUAUUUGUAUUCAUUGUGGCCAGAAAUACAUAUGUAUAUAUCAAA